AUGGCUCCCCCCGCUGCUCUGGACAUGGACAAUGGCAUUGCCCCCAUUGCGCCGUUGACCGUCGAUGGUAUUGAAGCUCUGAGAGCCCGCAGCGCAAAGAUGCCUGCUGGUGUUGCGCCUGCGACUAGCAGUGAUAAGUUCAAGAGCCCUGCAUGCUUCACCAAACCCAAGGCAAAGAGAUGGGAUCACAUUCUGUCUCUCGAAGCGAAAUCGCGCAAGGUCUCGACUUUGAAAGGCGCUGCGGAAUAUCUAAAGAAUCCAGGCCUUAUCUCCUUGGGCGGUGGACUGCCAUCCCCGGAAUAUUUCCCAUUUGAAGAGCUUUCUAUCAAAGUCCCCAACCCCCCAGCCUUCUCUCCCGAAGCCACUCGCCAGUCUGGAAGCGUCUUGACUGCCGCGAAGAGCGAUAUUCGCGAUGGCAAAAGUCUAUAUGACCUUGAGAUUUCCCUUAAUUAUGGACAAGCGACUGGAUCAGCUCAAUUGCUGAGAUUCGUGACGGAGCAUACUGAGCUCAUCCAUAACCCUCCGUACUCCGAUUGGCAAUGUUGUCUCAACCCCGGUAGCACGUUCGCAUGGGAUACAACACUCAGACUCCUCUGCGAAAGAGGGGACUACAUUUUGAUGGAAGAAUAUACCUUCGCCAGUGCACAAGAGACCGCCCUUCCACAGGGAGUCAAUGUCGCGCCUGUGGGAAUGGACGAGGAAGGCCUGUGCCCGGAGGCGCUCGACGAAGUCCUAAGCAACUGGGACGAGGCUGCCCGAGGUGCACGCAAGCCCUUUGUGCUCUACACCAUUCCCACCGGACAGAAUCCCACCGGUGCCACCCAAUCUCUGGAAAGGCGCAAGGCUAUCUACAAAGUCGCGCAAAAGCACAAUAUCUACAUUGUGGAGGAUGAGCCAUACUAUUUCCUGCAGAUGCAGCCAUACACCGGCGCUGGCAGCGAGCCGGUUCCCCCCCCCGCCAACCACGAAGAGUUCUUAAAGUCUCUUGUCCCCUCUUAUCUGAGCCUCGAUGUGGACGGCCGUGUUCUUCGACUCGAAUCCUUCUCGAAGGUCCUCUCCCCCGGUGCGCGAGUCGGCUGGAUUAUCGGCUGCGAACAGAUCGUCGAGCGGUUCACCCGAAACUGCGAAGUCUCUUGUCAGAACCCUAGCGGUGUCUCUCAGAUCGUGUUCUUCAAGCUUCUUGACGAGCACUGGGGACACGCCGGGUACUUUGACUGGCUAAUUAACCUGCGCAUGCAGUACACAAACCGCAGAAACUCUCUCGUCCAGGCGUGCGAGAAGCAUCUUCCCAGAGAGAUUGCCAGCUGGGUCCCUCCUUCGGCCGGCAUGUUCCACUGGAUUCAGAUCAACUGGGAGAAGCACCCCGGACUUUCCUCUGGCAAGACCCGUGAAGCUAUCGAAGAAGAAGUCUUCCACGCCGCGGUGAAGAACGGCGUCCUUGUCUCCCGCGGCAGCUGGUUCAAGGCCAAGGGACUGGAUGAGAACAAGAUGUUCUUCCGUACCACGUUUGCGGCUGCCAGCUCGGAAAACAUCACCGAGGCGAUUAAGCGGUUCGGGGAUGCGCUGCGAACCGAGUUUGGUUUAUAA